GGGCCGGGCUCUGAGGUGUUGUUCUUCGAUUGGAACAAAAGCAUCAGAGUAAUCGUAAUUGGCAUUCCAAGGGUUACUGGUGCGUGUAUCCCCUGGUAAUACCCAUUUGAAAUCGUGGCAGAAGAAUAAGAACAAAGAAGCAAGGAAAAGGGGGAAGGGUUUCGUUUUCGGAAGAAGAAUAAGGAGCUUCUGAUAGAGAGAGAGAGUUUCAGUCUUCAAACAUGAAGACGACGAAGGGUGGCAAGGUGAUGAACCCUACCGAUGCUUACCGAAAGGAGCUUCGCAAGAAAGAAUUGAAAAGGAACAAGAAGGAAAGAAAAAAGGUGAGAGAAGUGGGGAUUUUGAAGAAAGAUCCCGAACAACUGAAGAAGCAGAUUGAGAACUUGGAGAUGAUGAAGGCUGAUGGUGCUUUGGAUAAAGCAAGAAAGCACAAGAAAAGACAGCUACAAGAUACACUGAAUCUUGUCCUGAAGAAGAGGAAGGAAUAUGAAGAGAAAAUGCGGGAGAAGGGUGAAACCCCUGUUAUGUUCAGUCAUCUGGGGCCUCCUCGAAGGAGAACAACUGCAGAAGAAGAAGAGAGGGUUAAGCACCCAAAGCCUGAGGACUCUGUUUAUUACCAUCCUACAUUAAAUCCUACUGGGGCUCCACCGCCAGGGAAACCUCCUAUGUUUAAAUCGUCAAUAGGACCCAGAAUUCCUUUGUCCGGGGCUUCAUCAAGUGCUGCUGCAUCAUCCUUAGCAACAGAGUCAGAGGAUGAUGUAUUAGCUGUACCUCCACCUCCGCCUCCUCCGCCACCACCACUGCCUGAUGGUAGCAGUGCAAGUACAGCAGAUGGUGCUGUUUUACCUGCAUCCUUGCCACUGCCUCCUCCCCCACCUAUGCCUCCAAAGCCUGCUACUGCUGUGCCAACAUCAUUACCGCCACCUCCACCUCCUGGUCCCCCACCUAAAGAACAAGUUGCAAAUCGUCCUAUACCUCCUCCACCUCCACCCCUACAACAGUCCCAACCACCUCCACCUGGCACCAGUGGAGGUGAAGACAGAAAUCAGUCUGCAUUGACAGAUGAUUCACCUUCCAAGGAGCCUGGUCAGGUGCAGCUUCCUCCACCUCCUCCACCUAGUAGGGUACCACCAAAUUCUGGUGUGAUUCAGUCUGAUGGUGCUGUGGUUUCUACUGAGAGUAAGAAUUCCCUGUCAAGCCAGGAGAUCCCAAAAUUGGUUCCCGGACCUCCUCCUCCAAGGCAACAACCUUCUGUUCCAGGACCCAACUUAAUCCCAAGUUUACAACCUGAUGUAUUACCCCCUGGAAUAUCCCGAUUCCUUCCACCCCCACCGCCACCUGACAUGAGGCCUCCUUUACCUGUGGCUGGACUCCCAGCACAGGCACCACCUCCUGGAAUGAUGGUUCCCCUACUUCCGAGGCCACCAUAUGGUCCUCCACCGGGGCCUCCUCCAAUGAUGAGACCUCCACUUCCACCUGGUCCUCCUCCUAACUUUCAGGAAGAGGAUCAUGGGGCAGCUAGGCCACCACCUCUUCCUCAGAAACCAUCAUAUGUUAAAUCUGCAGCUUCUACUGUUGUUAAAAGGCCAUUAGCUCAGCACACUCCAGAACUUACAGCUAUGGUUCCAGCAUCGGUUCGAGUGAGAAGAGAAACUGCAGUGGCAAAAGGCAAACCAAAACCGUCGCUGUCAACCUCUAGGACGGUCUCCGGGACAGCAGGACCAACUAUUGUAAAACCAGAGUCGGUGAGCUCAUCAUCGGCUCCAAAAGCGCAGAGCAUUGAUGACUCAUAUACGGCUUUCUUAGAGGACAUGAAAGCCCUUGGUGCACUGGAUGGUUGAGAUCAAUGGGAGUGGCGUAGCAGGCAUAAUGCAUGGGUGUCCACAAUCAAGUUUGCUUAUUUUAUGUUCAAACAACCACCCUCGUGACCGACCUCAAUUUUUUAUUCUUGAUGAUAAAGUCUAAUUAAGACCUUGUAUACUCUUUUGUGACUCCUAAUUCAUCUCCUUUAUCGCUGAAGUUUAAAUUAUUGCACUGUUAGUUAAUAAUAUUAUACGCUAACCAGUGAUGUCUUGAUACUUU